AAUAGUCCAAAAUGCCGAUCACUGUCGACCAUGUCCGUUUUGCCAACCGCGACCUUUACGACGUUAACUUACAUGGAACCGUAAUCAACGUCAUUGUCACCGCUGCUGCCUCCGUCGUAAGAAGGUGGAUUAACUCCACACUUUCGCUCCACCGCCGUGACCUAGAACGGAACUGUCUCAUCGUCGGCCUCGGCGUUCAAUGGACUCCUUGCGGCCGAAAUUCUCCAGCUGACACAUUGCAGCUCUGCAUCGGUCGCCGCUGCUUAAUUUUACAACUAUUUCACGCUAACCGUAUUUCAACUACUCUCCGGACCUUUCUACGAAAUCCUGACUUCACGUUUGUAGGUUUUUGGAACCACUCCGAUCGCCGGAAGUUGGAGUCGUCGGAGCACCGAUUUGAGAUGUGCAGAGAUCCGUUAGAUCUGAGGUAUUAUGCGGUGGCUGAGGAUGAUGAUGAUGAUCAAGACUUAAGCCGUGCUCCGAUUCAUAAAAUCGUUGAAAAAUAUCUCGGAUAUGAUGUUGAACUUGAACUGAGUCGUGAAAUCGGUAGAAGCGAUUGGGAUGAUGAAUAUUUGAGCCAUGAUCAAGUUGUUUAUGCGAGUAUUGAUGCUUACUGUGCUUUCCGCAUUGGUAAGAAUACCAAAGCUUGGAGGUAUAUAUGAUGAAAAUUGCAUAUUCAGAGCUUUCACAACUUAAUGGAUUAUGGAUUAGUAUUUUUUUUUUUUUGA